AUGGCACGCCCACGUAUCAUCAUUCUGGGUAGCUGCGACACAAAGCUAGGCGAGACACUCUUUCUGCGAAACCAGAUCACCAAGUCCGGCGAGGCCGAAGCACUUCUAGUCGAUGUUGGCCACAUUCCUGUCCAAAAUGACCAGAUCGAUGUGACGAAUCUCGAACUUGCAGCGCGCAGAUCGGUCGAUGCUGCUGCUUCCUUGGCUGAGUUGUCUCGCGCCGAGUAUAUAAAAUAUAUGAUCGAGUGUGCAACACCCUUUGUGGAAGAGCUUUACCAAAAGGACCAGAUUCACGGAAUUGUAUCCGCCGCCGGCUCUAGUGGGACAUCACUCGCAACGGCAGUAAUGCGCAAUGCGCUUCCUAUUGGAUUCCCGAAGUUAAUGGUGUCUACCAUGGCUAGCGGAGAUGUAAAACAUCUCAUCGAAGAAACUGAUAUCACUUUGAUGUAUAGCGUUGUAGAUAUUGCAGGUACCAACUUCAUCCUCAACCAGAUCCUCACUAAUGCUGCCGGGGCAAUUGCCGGUGCAGCGACGGCAUAUUAUCAAAGUCAAAGCAAACCGCAUGCAGAAGGAGAAAGCCAAAGAAAGAAAAGGAUUGGCAUCACUAUGUUUGGCGUGACUACUCCCUGCGCCGAUGCUAUUCGGUCCCAUUUAGUUUCAAAUUAUGCCUAUGAAGUGUACGUAUUUCACGCCACGGGAUCUGGGGGCAAAGCCAUGGAACGGCUGGUUCGGGAAAAGCAGCUGGAUGCCGUGCUCGACAUAACCACCACCGAAAUCGCCGAUGAAGUGGUUGGGGGAGUUUUAUCGGCAGGGCCCCAACGAUUGACAGCUGCAGCGCAGGCAGGCAUUCCGCAGGUUGUGAGCGUGGGCGCAUGCGACAUGGUGAAUUUCGGGCCCAGAGAUACUGUGCCUCCAGAGUUUACGUCUGCUGGAAAUAAGCGAAUAUUGUUCGAGCACAAUCCAGCCGUCACGUUGAUGCGAACCACUCCCGAAGAAUGUGUCCUGAUCGCCGGUUUUAUUGCAUCCGCAUUGCAGGAUCAUGUCGUCCGACCGGACCUGGUGAAAGUUCUUCUCCCCACGGGUGGAAUCAGUAUGAUUGCCACUCCAUCGCAGCCAUUCUAUCAUCCAGAGUCAGAUGCGGCUUUGUUUGAAACGUUAGAGAAGCGCUUAGAUGGAAGCGGCAUCGAAGUGAGGCGCGACGACCGGGCGAUCAAUGACAAAGACUUUGCCCUGUUAGCAGCGGAGUCUUUGGUGGAAUUAAUCCGGAAAACAGAAGCCGAGAAAUAA